UCUCACAUCAGCUGCCUCUAAAUCCAUCAGAGGCGAGGAGCCGCAGGACAUUAAACCAUGAGAUACACUGGAUUAUUUAUAUCACUGCUUUCUUUUGUUUAUACAUGGGAGAACCUUGAGGCAGCAGAUCCAGAUUUACCUCAUGUGAUGCACUAUGAUGUUGUCCGACUUAAGGCACUUAAAGAGCGAACGAAAAGGAGCGUCUUUCCUCUCAAGACCUAUCCUGAAAAACUUGAAUAUGCUCUUGCUGUGGAUGGGAGGAACUUCAAUAUUUCUUUGCAUAGAAAUAGGGAGCUUUUAGGAAAACACUACACUAUGGCACAUUAUAACGAAGAUGGGAUUUUGGAGACUUCUGGCAAUAUUGAUCACUGCUACUAUCAGGGAUACAUCCAAGAAAUAGAGGAUUCUUCUGUUAGUGUUGGUCUGUGCUCUGGAAUGCAAGGAUUUCUGCGAGCUGGAAAGCAAGUUUACUUGAUUGAGCCCCUUGAAGAAUCUGUGGAUGGUGACCAUGCUAUAUACAAACAAGAGCAUUUAAGGUCCAAACGGGGGGCCUUUGAAUACAUUAAUGACACAGUCUACGACCUUGGUCCAAGGUUUAGUGGGCUGUAUAAAAGCAAAAACAUGAAAAACAAAGCCCCCAGUGGAGGACAGCGGAUUGUUGAGAUGGUUUUGGUUGUUGACUAUAAGGAGUACAAGAGGUUUGGAAGUGUUACGAAUAUUGAAGAAAGAAUGAUGUUGGUCGCUAAUCAUGUGGACAAGCUCUACCGGCCUUUAAACAUACGUGUCAUGUUGGUAGGACUUGAGAUUUGGUCUCAAAGGGACAUGAUUGAUGUCAGCCAUAUACCGAAUGAAACUCUGGAUCGUUUUUUAAAAUGGCGUCAGGACAUUCUUCUCAAGAGGAAGAAGCAUGACAAUGCCCAUUUUAUUACUUCUAUAGAUUUUCAUGGAUCCACUGUUGGGUUGGCAACAAUGAAUGCUAUGUGCUCUCAAUCCUCGGGUGCUGUGAAUGAGGACCAUAAUAUCAAUCCUAUUGCAGUGGCUUCUACCAUUGCUCAUGAAAUGGGACAUAAUCUGGGCAUGUCACAUGAUAAUACAAACUGUGGGUGCUCAUCUAACAAUGGCUGCAUUAUGCAAGAUAGCAUUGGAUAUGUUUACCCUGACUCCUUCAGUACUUGCAGUCAAGCAUCCUUGAAGACUUUUUUGCAGAAUUAUGACUCCAGCUGUCUGCUAGACAUUCCAAAUGAGGAUAAACUAUACGGGGGCCCAGUGUGUGGGAACGCUUUUGUGGAAAAAGGAGAGGAGUGUGACUGCGGAACUGUUAAGGAAUGCAACAAUCCCUGCUGCAAUGCCUCCACUUGUCGGUUUACCAAAGAUGCCCAUUGUGCACAUGGGGAGUGCUGCCACAAUUGCCAGCUGAUGCAGUCAGGCAUUCCGUGCAGACAAAGUGCUCAUGACUGUGAUUUGCCAGAGUACUGUACAGGAGAGUCAGCCUUCUGUCCCAAAGAUGACUAUAAGAUGAAUGGACUUCCUUGCAAUUCUAAUCAGGGUUACUGUUACAAUGGACAAUGUCCAACACAUCAGGAACACUGCAAGUUUCUGUGGGGAUCAGAUGCUGAUGUAGAUGCCGAUACCUGCUUUCGUCACAAUUUAUAUGACGGAACGUCCAAGUCUGCUGAGCACAUGAAAUGUGGGAAUAUAUACUGUUCUGGUGGGAAUGAGUUCCCCAUAACAACCAAAAAAUUGAGAGUAACCUUGCAAUCAAGAAUCUGCUACAUGGCUUUGGAUUCCUCGCCCACAGAAGAUUUGGGGAAGGUUCCUACAGGCACCAAAUGUGGUACUAAUAAGGUGUGUUACAGCAACCUUUGUCUGGACAUUAGCAUAUAUGGUACUGAGAACUGUUCUGAUAAAUGCAACAAUCGUGGGGUAUGCAACCAUGAGGGAAAGUGUCACUGUGAUCCAGGUUGGGCACCCCCCUAUUGUGAUGUUCAACUGUCCGAACUUCCAAAAAUCAAACAAGCUUUAAUCAUUGGUGGGACUACAUCUUUAGUCGUCUUGGUACUGAUCUUUAUCAUUGGAGCACUGUUGUGUAGCAGAAACAAAAGAGUAGCAAUUAAAAAGAAAAGGUCUUUUAAGGACACCCACAUUUCCUCAGGCCAGUGCAAUCCAGCAUUCCAACUGGGCAGUGCAAAGAACAGCCCUAGAUGUGCACAACCAUGCAUCAAUCAAAUAACAUUCCUUGAAACAUCCUCGUCACUGGCCUGCAAACCUCUUCAUGCUUCAGCUGUCCCCUGUAGACCAGCACCAAUGCCCCCAAAGGACUCAACACACACCAGGAUGCAACAGAUUGUGAAACCCUCCACCCCACCUAUUUCCUAUUUUCAUCCUACUCAGGCCAAACAUCUGUUGCCUAAAAUGGAAUCUAAACCACUUCCUCCUUCAAGACCUUUACCACCACUGAUGUCCAAAUCUGAGGCUAAACCAAAAUCACCUCCAAUGCCUCCUGCAAAACCUGCAUGGAUACAUCCAGCACAUGCUCCACCUAAGGCAAUCCAGAAAGUAGCUUUGAAACCUCCUGUCAGGCCCAGAUGACUUGAAACAGUUUUGAGUUUGAGUUGUUCUUUUGGGGUCUUCAGAAGAAGCUUGGGAUGCAAAACUGAGGGAGCAGUUCAUGAGCUGAAUAAAGCUCAUAUUACUUUGUGGUAUGGCUGUGAAUAACAAGAUGAAGUUAAAGGAGAUGGUAAAACAAAAUGAAGCAUUUGCACUCACUCGCUCCCUUAUAAUUUUGGUAAUCUUGGUACAACCUGUUUGUUUCCGUUUCUGUAUUUUUACCAUUUUAUUUUUAUUUAAUGUAUGUUUUAAAAAAAAAAAAUAAUUAUAUCACUCUCAGAAAUUUACAGCCAUUUCCAGUUGUGUGUAAAAAAAAAACAACCAUCAAAAAUAUCAAUACAGGGCAUCUAAUGUCCACUUAGUUAUAGGGGACCUAUUAUGCAAAAUUCACUUAUACACAGUGUUUGAACAUGUGUGUUGGCAGUGUGUGUACACAUCCACCCUAUAAUGAGAAAAAUACACAAAGUCCUUUUUUUAAUCCCCAUUAAUCAUAAGCACUGUCUCAGAACAAGCCAUUUGCAGAUUCUGUACAAAGUGACGUCACUUUGUACACGCCUUGCCCACGACUGUUGACGGACACUGCCAACGGACAUGUUUGUUUGUGUGUGUUGUUUUGUUAUAGCGCAUAGCAAACGCUGUAACAGUAUUUGUGUGUGUGUGUUGCUCACCCAUCAUUGCAAAACUGCUGAAAAAACGCAUUUAUAUAAAAUAAAUACAUUUAUCAAAUAACCAUUCGGAAACUUCCUGGUUCAUUCUCAAAGUUGUUACUUCUGGCGGCGUCUCUCCCUCAUCAGUGUCUGACUCCGGUUCAAACAUAUAGGGCUGAACUGCACUAUUUUCACUGUCAGUCAUAUUGCUUAUGAUGUCUAGUUAUCCAAAGCAGAGACAUCAAAACUCUGCCCUAUUCUGGAUACGGGGAGGGGAGCACCAGCUCAUUGCAUUUAAAGACACACACACAAAACAGCUUGCUUUUAUUCCCACCCAAAAAUUGGCAUUAUUUUUUAUCUGUAGGGUAUUUUGAGCUGAAACUUCACAGACAUAUUCUGGGGACACCAAAGUUUUAAAUGACAUCUUGUGAAAAUGCAAGUGUACAAAGUCCCUCUUUCACUGUCCCAUUACUCCCAAGCAGCAGAGAAAAUAUUCUCAUGUGUUUUAAAACUGAAGCCAAAUAUUCUUCAGAAAGAAGCUUAUUAUUUCCAAAGGCAUGAGUUCCAGUGUUAGGGAGGCCAGGUUUGGUAGGCACACUUUUCAUACUUUGUUGAAUAUCUCUGUUGGAACAAACAUGAAGAUACCCCAAGUCGGUACAAUAUUUAUUAAUACAAAUAUUUAUUAACUUUUGUUAAUUAACAGUCAAAUUUAUGUUGUGCGUUUGUGCCAACCAAACCCAAAUGGGAUUGGUUGGCACUGGUUGUCUGGUUGGUUGGCACAGUAUUAAAACACUAUAGUUUUAAGAGAGAUGCAACAAACAAAAAAACAAACAACAGUUUAUUUUAAACCAGGACAACAUAAAAACACAUGUCUGUCUUCUAUCAUUAAUAUGAUUUUAAAAAAAUAAUUAUGAACAGUUUGUAUGUAUAUAAACUUACCUAAAUUUUAAUUAAACUUGUUUAAUAUAAAUGUAAAACAUUUCUAAUUUCAUAAAUAAAACAAACAAAUUGUAUAAUUGGCUUGUCUUAAACUGUUAGUAUGUGUAAUAAGCAUAAUAAUAAUGAUUAUUAUUACAUUAUUUUAUAUGAUAUAUGUAUGUGUGUUUAGAGGUAUUAAGUUGGUAAAUAAUGUAUAUGACGGUUAUGAAUCAUUAUCUAUUCUUUUUUUAUACCCAGUGUGAUAACCAACCCCAAAAUCAAUGUGCCAACCAAACCCACUUACACUCAUUUGAUAAAUGUAUUGAGUCAGCUAGCACACAGUAGCUUAUCACAGGCUUACAACACUUAUAUCAAAAUAAAGCUGAUACCCAUCACUAUUAACUCAAAUGUAUAUAUUUAAAAAAUAUUUCUUGGUAUUAUUCAGCAUUUUUAGCAGAUUAGUUUAAUGCAAUGUUGUCUUUACUAUAACAGAUCUUUACAUUCAGAUGCCCUGACAGAAUCAACCUGUAUAGGGCAAGAAAGUGAACAUUUACAUAUUUCAAAAUGACCAGAAAUUGCCUCUGUACCAACCAACCCCAGUCUCCCCUACUUUCCGUCUCUCAUUAGAUAGAAGAAUUUUAAGCAAUUGUUUUGUGGACAUCAGACCAGAUCAACCUUAUAAGAUAUCUUUUAAAAUACAGUGAAAAUAUUAUUUUCCGUUUUACACAUCUUCAUUUGUUUCAUUGGAUAUAUAUAUGAGUCCUAUUAAUUGGGUUUCUAGUUUGAUUAAAACUUUCACAGUGCCACAUGAAUCCCAGUCCAUAAAAUAGCAUAUCAGUGGCCACAUUGUGACUAGUUGUUUACAUAUAUUUGCAUUUUUCUUUAUUUAUAUGUUUCCGAAACCUUUACUGUUGAGUUAAAUUGUAGAAAAAGUUAGUGAGUUAGACAAAGGCAAAAAUUUGUUUUUUGCCCACCUAAUCUUUGUUCAAUCAUGCGAUCUCAGCUGGUCUGAUUUUACUCUAUGUAAAUCUGAAAAUAUGUAUUGAUUAUAAUGUCUGUUUGUAUAUUUGUUUAUUUUAAUAAAGCA